AUGAAUUGCUGCUCUGAAUGUCACGGCCAAGGAACUAAAGAGUGUGAGACCUGCAAGGGGAAGAAACAACUCCUUGUGUACAUUAACCUGAAGGUGGAAUGGAAAAACAAUGUUGAGGAUUUCGCGGUACAACAGACAGGUGGUUUUGAUUCUGCCAACUUGGGCUCUGUGACUGGAAAGAAGUUCUUUGAAGAUACCAAGUACAUGGUGUAUCCGGUUUUGGGCUUUCCUGAUCCUAAUGUGUCCCAGGCAUCUGAGCGUCUGGUGAGAGAGCAUCAAAGCAAGUUCUCCCAGACAAGCCGCAUCCACCAGCAGAGACAAACCAUUGAAUUGAUUCCCAUCACCAAAGUAUCCUACAAAUGGAAAGGGGGCUCACACCUUUACUUUGUUUAUGGAAAUGAGUUUAAAGUCAGUGCAGAUGACUACCCAGCCACUUGCUGCUGCAUUCUAAUGUAG